AUGGAGGCAUUUCUAAGGUCUUCUCCCAAGCUCGCCGAGGUGGCCGGCACUUUGGCUCCUCGAACCACCGCUGAUGCGGCAACCGUGACGACGGUCGCCCUGGUGGCCGCAGCCUUCCUACUGCGAGAGUACACCUGGGAUCGGCCUGAUCAGUACCGCCAUCUUUGGUACGAACGACCUCAGGACGAUGGAGGGCUCGGUCCGGCCAAGCAGCGAGCAACUCGCAACAUUGCGCGGAGGCUGGAAGAACUGAAUAAAGAUGCAGUCGUCUUUUGGGGAUCGCAGUCCGGCACUGCGGAGAGUCUUGGCGCCAGACUCGGUCGCGAACUCCAGCAACGCUUCCAUCUUGACACUCUUGUUGCCGAUCUGUCCGACUUUGACCCUGCGUCCAUUGCCGAGAUCCCUCGACACAAGGUCGCCGUUUUUGUCCUGUCUACGUAUGGUGACGGCGAUCCCAGCGACAAUGCCGCCGAAUUCUUCGACUGGUUCCGACGUCAGGCCAUGGACAAGGCGAACAGCCAUGCACGUCCAUUGGGGUCGCUCCGGUACGCUGCCUUUGGCUUGGGCAACAGCCACUAUCAGCACUACAACCGCAUCGUCGACGUUGUCACGGAGGCGCUCCAACAGUUGGGCGCGGAAAGACUACUAGACACGGGCAAAGCCGACGAUGCACUCGGGACCACGGAGGAGGACUAUGUGUCCUGGAAGGAGGUGCUCUUCUCCCGCCUUUGCCAGGAUCUCCAUCUCCAGGAGCAUCCGGUCACGUACGAGCCCGUCCUCUCCGUGAUCCCGGACAGCUCGCUCGAGCCUAUCGACCUCUACAUUGACGAGCCAGUCCACUCGUCGGACUCGCGCUCCAGCACGAACAAGAACACACCCAACACGCCCAUCCACUACCUCCCCAUCCGAAGCGCUCGCCAGCUCUGCUCUUCGAGUGUAUCUUCGCCGUCAGAGGCCCAAAGCGGCUGCCUCCACAUGGACAUUGACCUCGCCGACCAUCCGCAGCUUCGGUACAAGACGGGUGACCAUCUUGCCAUCUGGCCCACGAACCCAGCGCAAGAGGUGAAGCGCCUCUUGGACAUGUUGGAUUUGUCGGAACAGGGCAAGAGGGACCAGCCUCUACUGAUCAAGAGCUUGGAUCCGACGGUCAAGGUCAAGGUGCCCACGCCCACAACAAUCGAUGCCCUGCUUCGGCAUCACUUGGAGAUAUGCGCUCCAGUCCCGAGAGAUACGAUCCGCCGUCUGGCCGAGUUUGCGCCCACGACACGGGCACGCGACUUUUUGCUCGACGUGGGCCGGAGGAAGGAUGCAUACCUGGCCUUUACAUCCGUCACGCACGUCACACUCGGCAGGCUGCUCGAGCAUGCGCUGACCAUGGGCGCAGAUGCCGCCGCGCAUGGCGAGCCAGCCGCUGCAUGGACGCGUUUGCCGUUGUCGUUUGUGCUGGAGGCUCUGCCUCGACUGCAGCCCCGGUACUACUCCAUCUCGUCGUCGAGCAUCGUGUCCCCAAGAAUGCCCUCUCUCACCGUCGGCAUCUCCAGCACCCGGUUGAUGACCGAGACGCAGACACCUGUGGAGAUACCAGGUCUUGCGACGGGUUUCUUGCGUGACAAGGCCACGUUGCUGGAGCAGGGCCCUGUAUCUGUGUUCGCACACGUGCGGCAGUCCAAGUUCAAACUGCCAGCGCUCGCAUCCACGCCGCUCGUCAUGGUGGCCGCGGGCACGGGGCUCGCUCCCUUCCGCGCCUUCAUCCAGGAGCGUCUUCGGCUACACAAUAUCGAUAACGGGGGGAAUAGCAAGCCAGUUGGGCGGAUGAUGCUCUUCUUUGGGUGCCAGUCGCCUGAAAGGGAUUACCUCUAUGGGGACGAGAUGCUGGAGAUGCAGCGCCAACUGGGGGACAAGCUCAGCAUCGUCACUGCGUUUUCACGAGCCGGGGACCCUGCAGCCGACGACGGUGACGACAAGGUCUCGCUCCCGCGCGGAAAGACGUACGUGCAGCACCGAAUCGCGGAGCAUGCCGAUGCGGUGGCGGAGAUGUUGUCUGACGGCGCAAGUCUCUACAUUUGCGGUCGUGCCAGCAUGGCGCGCGAGGUUGGCAAGGCGGUGACCAGCGCUGUUGCUUCGUCGAAGCGGUGGGAUGCACAAGAGCCGAGGGCGUGGUUGCAGGGGCUCAAGCGCAGCCGCAAGUGGCAGGAAGAUGUCUGGGGUUAG